UGAUGCAGUUCUGUGUGGUGGGGGAGGGAUAGGAUAGUAACAGUCCCAAGAUCAUUUUGUUGUUCUUCUUCAGGCCUGUUGGCAGGGAAAGACCAGAUGGCAGGUUGAAAUCCAGCCAGGCUUGUAGCUGUGGUAUCUGGUGAGGUCACCUCCAGUGAAUCAGAGGCUUCAAUCACCUUCUUCAGGUAGUCAUCUUUGUUUCCCAUUCCCACCAUGACAGAGGACUAUCUCCAAGUCUGAGCUGAGACAAACUGGAAACAUCUGAGAACUUUUCAUCACAGUGCUGUAGUCAAAACAUCCUGUUCUAUCAAGACUCUUACAAGCCAGUCAGUUGUUUACCAACCCAUCAUCUGCUAGUCAGUCAUGGAUCAACCAGGUACAAAUCAAUCAGAUAUGACACAGCCAGGAGCAAGCCAACCAGUUAUGAAUCCACCAGGCCUAAGCCCACAAAACAUGCAACAACCAGAACCAAGUCAACCAUGUAUGAACCAGCCAAGCAUGAAUCAACCAAGCAUGAACAAACCAGAUGUGACAAGACCAGGCCCAAGCCAACCAGAUACAAACCAACCGGACCAGAGCCAAGACAAUAUGAAACAACCAUGGUCAAGCACGAACCAACCAGACAUGUACAAAACAUGCCUGAGCCAACAAAGUAUGAAGGAGUCAGACUCAAGACAACUGCCUAUGAAACAAUCAAGUGCAAGUCAACUAGGUAUGAAUCAAGCAGGCAUGAGCCAAGCAGGCAUGUGGCAGCCAGGCCCACCUACCUCCAAUAUGAAACCAGUAAACACAUGGCAAUGGGGACCAUCAGACACGUGGCAAAUAACCCAAAGUAAUCAGGAAACAAAGCAAUCAGAUACAGUGCAACAAGACCUAAGCUAUGCAGGACAGAAACAACCAGAUACAUGGAAACAGGACUCAAGUCAUCCAGGAGUGAAAGAAACAGAACCAUGGCAAUGGGGGCCAAGCCCUCCAAGUGUGAGACAAACAGAUGCAUGGCAAUGGGGCCCAGACCACCCAGGUAGCGACCAAUCAAAUUCAUGGCAACCACAACUGAGUCACUCAUCCAUCAGACAAUUCGACUUGAGACCAGCAGGUCCCAUUGAACAAGGUACGAAGCAAUGUGAUACAUGGCAACCAGUCCCCAGUCAACAAGGCAAGAGACAACCAAGCAUAGGGCAGCAGGUCCCUAGCCAACCAACUAUGAGACAUGCAGUCACAUGGCAAGCAGGUCCUAGCCCACUAGCAAAGAAAUUGUCAGGUACAUGGCAAGUGGGCCUCAACAAAUCAAGUAUGGAGCAAUUGAACACAUGUCAAACAGGCUUUGGCCAACAGUACAGCAUGUGUAAAUCAAACCCCAGCCAAUCAAGCAUGAAAGAGUUAGUCACGUGGCAGUCAGGCACCAGCCAACUAGACAUAAGAGAUAUGGAUGUAUGGCAAUCAGGCACCAGCCAACCAGGCAUGAAACAGACAGAUCCAUGGCAAUGGGAUACCAACUACCCAAGCAAUAUGCAAUCAGACAAAUGGCCACCAGGCCCCAAUCCUCUGGAUAUGAGACAAACAGAUUCAUGGCAACCAGUCCAACCUGGCAUGAAAUAUUCACACUCAAGGCCAUGGAGUUCAAGCCACUCAGAUAUAAGACAAUUAGAUUUAUGGCAAUCAAGCCUCAGCCAAUCAGACACAAGACAAUUUGAUACAUGGCAACAAAAUUCCAUGCCUGGUGUUCGACAAUUAUAUACAUGGCAGCCAACCUCAAGUUUCUCCGACCUAAGACAACCAGAUUGGCAACCCUACCCUAGCAACUCAAUUAUGAAACAAUUAGAUAAUUGGGAAGCAGUGCCAAGGCAACCAGGAACCACUCAAUUAGGCACAAACCAAUUAGACACAAACCAACCUGAUGGCACCCAAUCAAGCCAAGAAGGAAAGACACAAUCAGAUAAAUUGGAAACAAGUUCAGACAAGUCAGAGAUGAAAAGUAGUUCAUCAGACUCAAGUCAGCUAAGUGUAAGUCAAGCAGGUCCAAGUCAAUUAAAGCCAGAUGAAUCAAGCAUGAGUGAUUUAAAUGAAAGUCAACAAAGAAUGACACAAUCAUCCAUGAGCAAAAUAAAAUCUUGUUCGUUCCACAUAAGACCUGCUGAGCCUCAAGACUGCCCAGAUAUCCUGAGAUUGAUUAAAGAACUGGCUUCCUCUGAAGGUGUGCAAGAAAAGGAAGUGUUAUUAACAGAACUGGAUUUAUUCAGGGAUGGUUUUGGGGAGAAACCACUUUUCUACUGCCUGAUUGCUGAAGCACCCAGUAAACAAACAGAAUCAGAAGUCAAAACCGUUGGAUUUGCCAUGUACUACUUCACUUAUGACCCACGGAUUGGCAAAAUGCUUCACCUAGAGGAUUUUUACAUCACUGAAGAAUAUCAAGGUAUCGGUAUUGGGGCUGACAUGCUGAAGAAACUAAGUCAGAUAGCCAUCAACACCAAAUGUUGUGGCAUGCAGUUUCUUGUGAUCAUUUGGAAUCAGGAUUCUGUUGAAUACUACACUCGCCUAGGGGCUUUAGACCUUUCCUGUGAAGAAGGCUGGCAUUUGUUCAGAUUUAACAUGGAAGAUCUCCUGGAACUUGCAGAAGAAGAAUGAAAACAAACAACAAAAAAAAAAUCAAAAAAAAAAAUCAAAAAAAAAAAAAAAAAAAAAAGCCCCCAAACAGUAACAAUACAUAGGCCUCAACAUUUGAGUGUCACUUGAGAAACAUCAUUUGACAUCAAAUGUUGUAAAAUAAAGCAAGUGAACACAA